GCAAAUUUCCAAUCUCCAUCAUCCUCAUUCCUCUUAUGAUUGACAGGAGAUAGUGGACAUUCUCAUUGCCUCCAUAUCUGUUGGCAUUGAAGAUACACAAGAGGACAGGUAGUGUUCCUUGAACAGUUUCAAUGGCUGCCGGGGCUUUUCUCCGUGCCCAGAGCUGCAAAUCCAAUAGCUCUUCUAUGUGGAGUGCAGAUGACAUUUUCUCGAGGUCAGUGAAGAGGGAAGAAGAGGAGGAGGAUCUGACAUGGGCGGCCCUCCAGAAAUUGCCGACUUAUAAUAGAUUGAGAAAAGGCAUAUGGAACAUGGACGAAGGCGGGAGGAAGGAGAUUGAUAUAGAGACCCUUGGGUUCCAGGAGAGGAAGGAGUUGUUGGAGAGGCUGGUGCGAGUUGCGGAAGAUGAUAAUGACAAGUUUUUGCUGAAGCUCCGCAACAGGAUUGAUAGUGUUGGGAUUGAUUUGCCGACCAUCGAAGUACGGUACGAGAACCUGAGUGUUAAGGCGGAAGUAUAUGCGGGCGAAAGAGGUUUGCCUACGCUGCCCAAUUCUGUGAAAAACGUGCUAGAGACCUUUGCCAACAGGCUUCACAUUCUACCAAGCAAGAAGAAACCUUUAACGUUGCUUCAUAAUGUCAGCGGGCUCAUCAGGCCUGGAAGGAUGACUCUACUCUUAGGACCUAAUGGUUCAGGAAAGACAACUUUACUGUUGGCUCUUGCUGGACAAUUAAACUCAGAUGUGAAGGUUUCGGGAAAAGUGUCUUACAAUGGUGUAGGAAUAGAUGAGUUUGUGCCUCAAAGAAAUGCUGCUUAUAUCAGCCAGCAUGAUCUUCAUAUUGGAGAGAUGACUGUUCGAGAGACUCUAUCAUUCUCUGCAAGGUGUCAGGGAGUUGGAACUCGUUAUGAUAUGUUGGCAGAGAUUGCUAGAAGAGAGAAAUCGGCAAAUAUAAAGCCAGACCCUGAUGUUGAUGUAUUCAUGAAGGCAAGUUCAAUGGAAGGACAAGAGACGAGCAUAGUAGUUGAUUAUGUACUGAAGAUUUUAGGGCUAGACAUCUGUGCUGACACAAUGGUUGGAGAUGACAUGAUGAGAGGCAUUUCUGGAGGACAGAAGAAAAGAGUUACAACAGGGGAGAUGAUUGUUGGACCAGCAAAAGCUUUGUUCAUGGAUGAUAUAUCCACCGGACUUGACAGCUCAACAACUUACCAGAUUGUAAACUCGUUGAGACAGUACAUACAUAUACUUGAUGCCACGGCCGUCAUCUCUCUUCUCCAACCAGCGCCUGAAACAUUCGAUCUCUUCGAUGAUAUAAUUCUUCUCUCUGAUGCUCAAAUCCUGUAUCACGGUCCUCGUGAGCAUGUCCAAGAGUUCUUUGAGUCAAUGGGUUUCAAAUGCCCGGCGAGAAAAGGAGUCGCUGAUUUCCUGCAGGAAGUUACAUCCAGGAAAGAUCAACAACAAUAUUGGGCACGGCAUGAAGAGCCUUACAGAUUUGUUACUGCAAGAGAAUUCUCAGAAGCCUUCAAAUCAUUUCACGUCGGCGAAAGAUUAGACCAGGAACUUGCCGCCCCAUUCGAUGCGAGCAAAGCACAUCCUGCCGCCUUGACGACUUCGAAAUAUGGGGUAAGGAAGAUAGAAAUACUAAAAGCUUGCAUCUCUAGAGAACUAUUGCUGAUGAAGCGAAACUGGUUCACAUAUGCUUUUAGAGUAUUUCAGCUGAUUUUACUAGCAUUAGUUGCAAUGACACUCUUUAAAAAGCAUCGUGAUUCAGUCGUGGAUGGAGAAAUUUAUUUGGGUUCAAUUUUCUUUUGUACAACUGUGAUCAUGUUUAAUGGAUUCUCAGAGGUUUCAUUGACCAUUUGGAAGCUCCAAUUAUUUUAUAAACAAAGAGAUUCCUUCUUUUAUCCUGCAUGGGCAUAUGCAUUACCAUCGUGGAUACUCAAGCUUCCUAUAACUUUGGUUGAAGUUGGUGGUUGGGUGUUUGUCACCUAUUAUGUUAUAGGUUAUGAUGCUAAUGUUGGAAGGUUUUUUAAACAGUAUUUGCUGUUACUAGCACUCCAUCAGGCAGCAUCUGGACUGUUUCGUUUAAUUGCUGCUUUGGGCAGAGAUAUGAUUGUUGCAAAUACUUUUGGGUUAUUUGCACUUGUCGUCAUGUUCGCGUCAGCUGGAUUCAUUCUAUCACAUGAUGACAUGAAGAAAUGGUGGAUAUGGAGCUACUGGAUCUCACCUUUAAUGUACGCCAACAAUGCUCUUGCAACAAAUGAGUUCCUUGGGAAAAGCUGGAAACACACUCUUUCUGGAUCGACAGAACCACUGGGAUUGGCCAGCUUGAAGUCUCGGGGACUGUUUACUGAAGCAAAAUGGUAUUGGAUAGGCUUUGGAGCUUUGAUUGGAUGGACAAUUCUAUAUAAUAUUCUUUUCACUUUGGCUCUUACCUUUCUGGAACCAUUUCGAAGAUCCCAGCCAACCAUCUCCGAGGAGGCAUUGAAGGAGAAAGAAACAAAGAUUACAGGAGAGCGAACUGAAAUAUCAUCAGUAGCAGAGAGCUCUGAAUGCUUCUCCGGAUCUAGAAGUAAACUUAAAACUUACCAAAUUAAGAUUGGAACAGAGAAUGAAAACAGGACUGGAAUUGACAAUGAAGAGGCAGUCGCAGAGUCCAAACUGAACAAGAAAGGAAGGGCCCUUCCUUUGGCACCAGUGUCCAUGACAUUUGAUAAUAUAAGAUACUCAGUAGACAUGCCACAGGACAUAAAGGCACAAGGUGUUCAGGAAGACCGAUUGGAACUUCUAAGGGGUCUAAGUGGAUCUUUUAGACCAGGUGUGCUGACAGCUCUUAUGGGUGUAAGCGGCGCGGGUAAGACAACAUUGAUGGAUCUGUUGGCUGGAAGGAAAACUGACGGAUAUACAGAGGGGAGCAUAUUGAUAAAUGGGUACCCAAGAAAGCAAAAAACAUUUGUUCAGAUGUUAGGAUAUUGUGAACAAAAUGAUAUUCAUUCCCCUCAUAUAACAGUUUAUGAAUCUCUGAUCUUUUCUGCUUGGCUCAGAUUGCCGGUUGAGAUAGAUUACUCUGAGAAAAUGAUGUAUAUAGAAGACGUCAUUGAGCUCGUGGAACUUGCUUCUGUAAGGGAGGUACUGGUAGGAUUGCCAGGAGUAAAUGGUUUGUCAGCUGAACAACGAAAGAGGCUAACAAUUGCUGUUGAGCUUGUUUCUAAUCCUUCAAUCAUAUUCAUGGAUGAGCCUACCUCUGGGCUUGAUGCAAGAGCUGCAGCAAUAGUUAUGAGAGCAGUAAGGAAUAUUGUAGACACUGGCAGAACUGUGGUGUGCACAAUUCAUCAGCCUAGCAUUGAUAUAUUUGAAGCUUUUGAUGAGCUAUUUCUGAUGAAGAGAGGUGGCCAAGAAAUUUAUGUAGGGCCAUUGGGUCAUCAUUCUUGUCAUCUAAUUGAAUACUUGGAAGGAAUUAAUGGAGUGAGCAAGAUAAAAGAUGGCUAUAAUCCAGCAACAUGGAUGUUAGAGGUGACCACAAGGGCACAAGAGGAAAUAUUGGGUAUUGAUUUCAGUGAUUUAUAUAAGGACUCUGCAUUAUUUCAGAGGAAUAGAUCUUUGAUCAUGGAGUCAAGCGUACCUCCCCCUGAAUCCAGUGACGUUCACUUCCCAACCCAGUUCUCGCAGUCUUUCGUUUCACAGUGCUUGGCUUGCCUGUGGAAACAAAACCUUGCAUACUGGAGGAAUCCUCCAUACACUGCAAUGAGGUAUUUCUUCACCUUGGUCAUGGCCUUGAUCUUUGGCUCAAUGUUCUGGGAUCUUGGCCGCAAAGUGAACACAAAACAAGACUUAUUCAAUACAAUGGGUUCAAUGUAUGCUGCUGUUAUGUUCAUUGGGGUGUCAAAUGCCUCGUCUAUUCAACCAGUGGUGUCAAUUGAGCGAACAGUCUUUUGCAGGGACGCAGGAAUGUACUCAACUUUACCAUAUGCAUUUGGACAGGUUGCAAUUGAGAUCCCAUAUGUAUUGGGUCAGACUAUCAUUUAUGUGGUCAUAGUCUAUGCAAUGAUUGGAUUUGAAUGGACAGCUACAAAGUUCUUUUGGUUUUUGUUCUUCACGUUCUUCACAUUUUUAUACUACACAUACUAUGGGAUGAUGUCUGUAGGCUUUACACCCAAUCUAAACGUAGCUUCAAUAACAUCUGUAGCAGCUUAUAGUAUAUGGAAUCUUUUCUCGGGGUUUAUUAUUCCUCGGCCGAUGAUGCCUGUAUGGUGGAGAUGGUAUUUCUGGGCAUGCCCAAUUUCGUGGACACUUUAUGGAUUAGUUGCUUCGCAGUUUGGUGAUAUAGAAGACAAGCUCGACUCUGGUGAGAUUGUGUCUCAAUUUCUAAAAAGUUACUUUGGUUUCAGACAUGACUUCUUGGGCGUGGCUGCCGCUGUAAUUGUUGGGUUUCCGGCACUCUUUGCCUUCAUGUUUGGAUUUUCAAUUAAAGCUCUAAACUUCCAAAGAAGGUGAAGGAAUUCAUGAAGUCCUAAAAGAUGCCCUGGUGCUAGGAAGUUUAAACAUAUUCAUUUUCUUAAUAUUCUUCCUCAAGAAGAAUGAAAAGUUCUCGGAGGGGGUAAUAAUGAAGGGAAGGAUAUAUUCUUUCCUGAUCUAUAUAUGAAUAAGAAAAUAUGCUCAUGACUAUGUUCCUCCAUGUACUUAGUUUGGGCAUCAGUUUAGUGUAGAGAAGUUAAGAUGGAUGUUGAGAGGUGUGAUUGAUCUUUGUCAACCAUUCAAAUGUAAUAGUGCAAAUAUAAAACUUUACUUGGUGGAUGUAAUGGGGAGACAUAUUAUCACUUUAUAUUUAUUAUUCCAUCUCCAGUAUAGAAUGAGAUUAUAGGGAAAAUAUAUUUAUUUUGUAAUGUCUGUUUGUCUUUUGGACUAUCUGGUCAAUGUCC